AUGGAAGAAUUCCUACUAACGAAAAAUGUUCUUGUGCCAAUUACGUACUCAUACAAAGAAAUAAAGGCAAUGACCAACAAUUUUAAGGAGAAAUUAGGUGAAGGCGGCUAUGCUUCAGUAUACAAAGGAAGACUGCGAAGUGUUCACUUAGCUGCUGUGAAGAUGCUAAACAAAUCAAAAGCUAAUGGACAAGAAUUCAUAGAUGAAGUUGCAACAAUUGAAAGAAUUCACCAUGUGAACGUGGUUCGACUAGUGGGAUUUUGUGUGAUCGCCUCAAAGUGUGCUCUAGUCUAUGAUUACAUGUCAAAUGGCUCCCUAGAUAAGUUAAUUUUCUCAAAUGGUCCAGAUGGUUCUCCAUUAAGUUGGAAGCAAGCUUGUGAGAUUGCAAAGGGUGUUGCUCGUGGGAUUGAUUACUUGCAUCAAGGCUGUAACAUGCAAAUUCUGCAUUUUGACAUUAAACUGCACAACAUCUUACUCGACGAGAACUUUGUUCCAAAAGUUUCAGACUUUGGACUUGCAAAACUUUACCCGAUGCAGAAGAGUGUUUCAACUCUUACUACUGUGAGAGGAACAUUAGGUUACAUGGCUCCAGAAUUGUUCUACAAAAGGGGAGUCUCGCAUAAGGCAAACGUUUACAGCUAUGGAAUGUUACUAAUGGAGAUGGCAGGAAGGUGA